CCCCCUCGACCGCUAAACUACACUUUUGGGUUAUGUUAAGAGGGUUCAAAACUUAGUAUAUAGAGGUAAAAAUCAAAUUUUGCCAUAUAUAUAGUGUAAUUUUUCGGCGAUCCGCCCCCUAAAUCCGCCCCUGAAUACAACUAUUUACACCCAACUCCACUCCUACAUCACUCUUCUUCUAUUUAAAGCCUUAACUAGCAUCUCAUAAACCCCUUCUCUCUCUCUCUCUCUCUCUCUCUCAUAAAUUUGCAUGCACUCUACAGAAAAACAACAAAAUAAAAAUAUAGAUAUCCACGUAGGUCUGACUCAUUUUUCUACAAAUGGACUCUAGAUUUUCUUCUUCCUUCAUUUUUAUCAUCUUCAUUUUCGUCUGCUCCCACAGAGGCAUUUCUGGUGCUAGUUUUAAUUUAAUAAACAGAUGUGGUUACAACGUAUGGCCUGGAAUAUUAGCCAAUGUAGGUAGCCAAAAACUGGAUAGUACCGGAUUCAUGCUUGCUCCAGGUGAUUCACGGGUAUUCCAAGCUCCACAAGAAUGGUCGGGUCGGAUCUGGGGCAGAACCGGUUGUAAUUUUGACGGUAACAACGGUCAAGGAAAUUGUGCCACCGGCGAUUGUGGCUCAAACCAAAUGGAAUGCAAUGGCGCCGGAGCAACUCCUCCGGCCACCCUUGCAGAGUUCACUAUUUUCUCCGGUACGAAGCAAGAUUUCUAUGAUGUUAGCUUAGUUGACGGAUACAAUUUACCAAUGGCAAUCCAAGCAGUUGGCGGGUCGGGUCCAUGUGAUACGACGGGUUGCGUGAAGGAUUUGAAUCGAAUGUGCCCGAAUGAGUUGCGGGUCGGGGAUGGGCAAGCAUGCAAGAGUGCAUGUGAAGCAUUUGGUAGCCCGGAAUAUUGUUGCAGCGGCGCGUAUGCUUCACCUUCCACCUGUAAACCGUCGAGCUAUUCAGCGAUGUUUAAAAACGCGUGUCCUAAAUCGUAUAGCUACGCGUAUGAUGAUCCUACGAGUACUUUUACAUGUACAGGAGCUGAUUAUACGAUUACAUUCUGCCCUUCAUUAACAAGUCAGAAAUCUUCACGAGAUUCUUCAAUGUCUUUGAGCGGCACCGGAAACGGCCAACCGGCCACCGGAACAGAUGGCGGAUCCGGUUCGGGUUCCAGUCCGCCGGAGGAUCCAUUUCCCUUUGGCAGUUCAUGGCUGCCGGAUUUUAUGACGGGAGACUCAUCAAGAUUUUCUUACUUAGACACAAAAAUGGCCUUUUUUAUCUUUUCUUUAAUUCACUUUUUAUUAUUGAUUUAAUAUUUGAUAUAGUCACGUCGGUUUUCUCCAAAUUUUUUGUAAAGCACAAUUUUUCAGGGUUUCACAUGUAUAGAGAGAUUAAUUUACAGAAUUAUUAUUCCAGUGUUCACUUUUGCUUUUGUACCUUUUUUUAGACAUCCAGAAAGAUCUGUAAGAUUCAGAAAACAAGAAAAAUUUAUUGAAUUUGAAGUUUCUUUUUUAA